AAUCGCAGGCUACAUACAAAAUCCCACGCCGGCCGGACGCUAGCGAAAGCCUCUCGCGCUCCGCCUCCGUCGUCCGGAGCGCCCGCGUAAAGCCAAACACCAAAACCUCCCUUUUCCCCCGUUCCGUUCCGUUCCGUCCCGUCCCGUCCCCCACUCCUCCUCCAACCCCGGUCUCGCGCGAUCCGCCGAUCCGGUUUCCCCGCGCCCGGCCGCCCGUCCCGAUCCCGCCGCUGUUUCGGCGGCCCGGUUCCGCCCUCCGUCCGUCGCCUUGCGGCGGCCUGGCGUUGAUGUGGCGUGGCACGGGGCCCGUGCUUCGGUUUUGAGAGCUACCCGUGUCGGUGCGGAGAGGCCCGGGGCGGUCUUCAAUGAGGCGGCGGCCGGUCCUGCCGGCCCACCACGACGACGUGGACAAGGGCGGCGGCAAGCCGGCGUCGUCGCGCCUCUGCUUCCUCGCCACGCUCUGCGCCAUGUUCUGGGUCCUCAUCUUCUACUUCCACUUCGCCGUCGUCUCCAACGACCCCGCCGCCUCGGCGGCGCAGGGCGCCGAGGCUCGCAUUGCCGGCGCCCACACCCGCAUUCCCGAACGCGACGGCGCGUCUCGCGUCGACGUUCCCCUCGCCUUCGCCUCGGAGCCGCCUCCGCCGCCGCCUCCUCCUCCUCCUCCUCCUGCCGCGCGGCCCAAGGAGGCGGAGGACGAGGUUGCCGCCGGAGUCCGCCGGGAGGAGGCGCCGCCCGAGGUCGCGGCGCCGUACCCGUUCGAGCGGGCGCUCAGGACGGCGGAGAACCAGAGCGACCCCUGCGGCGGCCGGUACAUCUACGUGCACGACCUGCCGCCGCGGUUCAACGAGGACAUGCUCCGGGACUGCGAGAAGCUCAGCGUCUGGACCAACAUGUGCAGGUUCAUGAGCAACGACGGGCUCGGCCCGCCGCUGGGCAACGAGGAGGGCGUGUUCUCCGACACCGGCUGGUAUGGCACCAACCAGUUCUCCGUGGAUGUCAUCUUCGGCAACAGGAUGAAGCAGUACGAGUGCCUGACCAAGGACUCGUCCGUUGCCGCGGCGGUGUUCGUGCCGUUCUACGCUGGGUUCGAUGUGGCAAGGUAUCUCUGGGGCUAUAAUAUCACGACGAGGGAUGCGGCGUCGCUUGAUUUGGUGGAGUGGCUGAUGAACAAGCCCGAGUGGAGCGUGAUGGGUGGGCGGGACCAUUUCCUGGUUGCCGGGAGGAUCACCUGGGAUUUCAGGAGGUUGACGGAGGAGGAAGCAGAUUGGGGCAGCAAGCUGCUUUUCUUGCCGGCUGCAAAGAACAUGUCGAUGCUCGUGGUGGAGUCGAGCCCGUGGAAUUCAAAUGAUUUUGGAAUACCAUAUCCUACGUACUUCCACCCGGCCAAGGACGCUGAGGUUUUCCUUUGGCAGGAUAGGAUGAGGAGCUUGGAACGCCCAUGGCUGUUCUCGUUUGCAGGCGCUCCACGUCCUGGUGAUCCAAUGUCCAUCAGAGGGCAGCUCAUCGAUCAAUGCAGGAGCUCAAGCCUUUGUAAAUUGUUGGAGUGUGACCUUGGGGAGAGCAAGUGCCACUCCCCGAGCACAAUCAUGAAGAUGUUCCAGAGUUCUAUGUUCUGUUUGCAGCCCCAGGGUGACUCCUACACAAGAAGAUCUGCCUUUGACUCGAUGUUGGCUGGCUGCGUGCCUGUUUUCUUCCAUCCCGGUUCAGCGUACGUCCAGUAUACAUGGCAUCUCCCAAAGAACUAUACAACGUACUCUGUAUUCAUCCCUGAAGAUGACAUCCGUUCUGGAAAUGCCAGCAUUGAGGAGAGGCUAAAGAGUAUUCACCCAGAUGUGGUCAAGCAAAUGAGAGAGGAGGUCAUCAAUCUGAUACCAAAGGUGAUAUAUGCCGAUCCAAGAUCGAAACUGGAGACAUUGAAAGAUGCAUUUGAUGUUUCCAUAGAGGCGAUCAUUAACAAAGUGACAAAGUUGAGAAGAGAUAUCAUCGCAGGCCAAGAAGACAAAGAUUUUAUCGAAGAGAAUAGCUGGAAGUAUAGUCUGUUAGACGAUGGACAGCAGGCAAUUGGACCUCACAAAUGGGAUCCAUUCUUCUCGAAGCCUAAAGAUAAAGGUGGAGAUUCUAGUGGUUCAUCUGCAGAAGCUGCCAAGAAUUCUUGGAAAAGUGAACAGAGAGGACAGGAUUGAACCAUGAGUUGGUCGUCUUUGGGAUGAGAUCAAGGGAGUAGAGUUAGCUAUACUCUCUGAAGAUGCUCUGAUGCAUAUAGGUUGCACAUAGAUCAAGAUCCAGUAGUUAUGGUGAUCAUGAACAUCAUUGAUGAUCUAUGUCACCCUGCAGUUGUAUGAAGCCAUUCCACCAAAAAUGCUUUGGGGGAAAUUUGGAAGACAGCCUUUGCGUACCCCCUAUGAAUACUAUUUUUCACACUAAUUUUGCUGUUUCUGCUCAAUAAUCCUUUGUAAACCCUUACAGAAUUUAGAGGUAUAUCAAAUUUUGUUUAUGUAUUGCUUUGGUUGUUUUGCUGUGUUCAAACUGAGCUUUA